UCUCGCUGGCUCACGCUCUCUCUCCUCACCAUUUUCGCUCCUGCCUGCCGAGAGAGCUCACCGAGCUCCGUCCGGAAGGCGCAAGCUCUCUCGCCAUGGCGAAGAACACAUGCAAGCUCUGCUCCCGCCGCUUCGCCAGCCCCCGCGCUCUCGCCGGGCACAUGCGCUCUCAUUCCAUCGCCAGAGCUCAGGCGGCGGCGGCGGCCGCGAAGCAGCAGAUCUCCUCGGCGUCCUCCGCGUCGACCUCCUUCGCCGCCGUCGCCGACGAGGACGUCGGCCUCAAGACGCCCGCCGCGUCCACCUACGGGCUCCGUGAGAAUCCGAAGCGCAGCCUUCGCGUGGCCGAUGCUGCCUUCUCGGAUCGCGAGAGCGAGGCCGAGUCCACCCCGCCGCACGCCAAGCGCGUGAACGCCGCGCCCGUCUGGGGCGAGCCCGAACCGGCGAGCUCGCUGUCAGAGGUCUCGACCCCGGAGGACGUGGCGCUAUCCCUCAUGAUGCUCUCCCGCGACUCCUGGCCGUCGGCCGUGCUCGCCGAGGACGACGGCUCCGACGACGGGAGUGACGACGGCUACGCGCCGCCCCCCGCGCCACCACUCCCGCGGGCCCCGACGCCGGCGCCGCCACCGGUGGAGAAGCGGACGCAGUUCAUGUGCGUCGCGUGCAAGAAGGUGUUCCGCUCCUACCAGGCGCUCGGCGGCCACCGCGCCAGCAACGUGCGCGGCGGCAGGGGCGGCUGCUGCGCGCCUCCCGUGGCCCCGACCCCGGCCCCAGCUCCGGCUCCUCCCCUGCAGCCCCAGCCACCGCUGUCGCCAUUGCCGGAGCACCGUGACGGGGACGGGGACGAGGACGAGGACAUGGAUAUGGAUGCAAAGCAGCAGCCGCGCGAGUGCCCCCACUGCUACCGCGUGUUCCCCUCGGGGCAGGCUCUCGGGGGCCACAAGAGGUCCCAUGUGUGUGGCGCCGCCGCCGCGGCGUCGUCCCUUGCCGGCACGGGCACCGCAACCGCCACCGCCUCCACCACCUCACCCGCUGCCACUCCUCCGUCCCCGAUCAACAACUGUCCCUGCAUGAUCGAUCUGAACGUGGCGCCGCCGUCCGAGGAUGCGGAGCUGUCUGCCGUGUCAGAUCCCCACUUCAAUCCAGGCGCUUGAAGCUGAAGAAGCAGGCAGAUUAGCGACAUCAUUCUGGAUGAUUCCGUUGCCGGAGGUGAUUCGGGAUGAGCAUCGUCGGGCAGAUAAAGGUAAAAAAAAAUAAGAAAAACGGAGGUGAAGAAAAGAAACAUCUUUUGUAGGUUAUAAUGGUAGCUUGCUCAUCGUUUUUCUAUUCCAUUGGUUUGUGAAUUGUGAUUACAAUGUUCUGUGUUCGUUGCUGUUAAUUUCGUUUCCUGUUUGUCGCGACUGGAUUAUAUGGGAUACAUA